CCGCGGAGCGGACCCAUUUAUUUGGUAUUUAUUUUUUAUUUUUUAAUAAAUUUCAAUAAAUUAUUGUAAUUUUACCCCUCUCCGCGGAGCUCUGUACAGUGCCGUGCAGCUUUGAUCAUUCCAACCAUCCUUUCUUUUGAACAACUACAAUGGAACAACCACAGAAUCUUCGCUCUCUUUUCGCUGCCGCAAUAGCUGAGAAGUCAGCUUUGGAGAUUCGCCCCGACUCUAACUCUGACCUAUAUCGUAGUGAAGUCAGUGCAACAAUAGCUAAAUUCGAGGAAUGCGCGCGGCUCGUUGCGGUGCUAUCGUUAUUCAGUUCGAACGAACCGCUGGAAGAUAUCGCAACUGGAGAUUUACAGUAUCUCACAGUGUCAUACCAUCUUGCGGAGCUCCUCCAAAGAUCAUAUAACUCCGACCGCAUGCCUACCCUUCGACGUGCACUCGAGCAAUAUGAAAACUAUCUCACGCGCUUAGACGAUUAUGAAUUACUCAAUGAUAAGGAUAAGAAGCUCUACGAACGAUAUACUGCGAACCCCACGUCCUUUUCGCUGACGUCUGCCAACGAUGCGGCGGCCCGGAGAGAGGUGAAGAUAAAUAGAUUCAGGGAGGAAAAGGAGCUUAAACAAAGGCUUCAGUACCUCUCCGAGAAUCGAAGCCGGCUCCAAACCGAUGAUGAAGAUGUUCGACAACUCUAUAUUGCAGAGAUCAAGUUGUAUACUCACCAGACAUUUCAGUCCUUGGACCUUCUUUCGCAGGAGCUGUCGAUGCUUUCGGCCAUUCGCAACGCGGCACCAGCCCCCGGUCAGAUCUUACCAGAAGACGCCAGACGACGGAAGGACGCCCAACAGUCGGAAUACUCUGAACGACUAGACCCUCCUGUUUCCCAACUUCUGCAGGGAGGCAGGUUCGGACCGAUAUUGAGUAAGGAUGGGAAACCAAUGCAACCAUUCACGCUCCUGGAUCGGCGGACACAGCUCCAGCAAGGUGUUUUCCGACCUGGCCAUAAUUUACCCACUAUGACCAUUGAUGAAUACCUGGAAGAAGAGAAGAGAAGAGGCGGCGUUGUCCAAGGCGGGGAGAAAUCCGGCAUGAAAGAGGAAGUAGAUGAGGAUGAUAUGGACAGGGCUGACGAAGAAACUAUGAAAGCAAGAGCUUGGGAUGAAUAUAAGGAAGCGAACCCGAGAGGUUCUGGCAAUACCUUGAAUAGAGGCUAAUAUUAAGAUAAAACUGCUAGGACACCUCUAAUGCAUCCAUGUAUCAUGCUUCUGGAGCGUAGUUCAUCCCAUCUCUGCCUUAUUCAUACCAGAUUACUUUUGCGCUGUUUGCUAAUUUUGCCUCAAGACUCGAUAAUGCCGAUUGCAGACUGUACAUAAUCUGAC